AACCGUUACUAUGUUUACUGUUAUGUCAAUGUGAUUAACAAAACAAGAUUUUAUCGAUACAUAAACAAUGAACACGAAGAAAAUCUUAUCAAACCCUGCAUUAAAAACUACAAAAGAAAUCCAACUGAACGAGGAAUGGAACAAUUUUAUGAAGAGGAUCGGCGAAGUAUCCAACUUGGUGAAAGACCUCGCAAGUGGUGACAAAGCCAAAGCUGACGCCGCGACUGUUCUCGCUGAUCAGUAUUUAGAAGGAAAGGUUAUUUCUGACGAAGAUAUAGAAAUGAAACUUAAAGAUAAUAGAACUGUUAUAAAUCAGAAAGCAUUUGAAGGCCUCGAUAAUAAUGCUGGCGAAAUGGGCAAAGAGGCUUGGAUGGCAGAAGUCAGCAAAGACGCGGAGAAGCGUGCAGAAGACCGUAAGAUACGCCAUGAGAAGAUGGACACGAUGAAGACGCAGGCUAUGAAGGCUUUCCGACGGGGCGAUUACGACAGAGCCCUGUCAUGUUACAAUCGAGCCAUCGAAUUCAUAAAGGACAACCACAUGCUGUACUGUGAUCGUGCACUCACCAACAUUAAACUCAAAAACUAUCGAAAGGUUCUCGAUGACUGCGAUUGGGCACUGCGUAUAAACGAGAAGAGUUUUAAAGCGCGCCUAUACAAAACUAAGGCAUACAAGGAGUUGGAAGAAAUUGACAAAUUUGAUGAAAGCAAGAGAGAAGUAGAGGAGAUGUUCCCACAACAUCAAGAACUUAUCACAUAUUUUCUUAGUAAAGAGGAGAAUUUUGAAAAUAAUGACGAAUGAAUUCCUUUAUAUUUAUUUUGAAUAGUGAGCAAUUCUCGAAUUUCGUUCUAAUUUAUUACUGAUAUUUAUGCCAUUAUGUUACGUUUUUGUUUCUUAAUUUGUUUAUUUUAAUUAAAUUCAUCUAUGCUAAUGAAUAGAGAUUGACUAAUUGCGCAUAGAAUCAUCGUGAGAAAUAAAAUUAUUAUUACUGCAUUGCUAUUAACUGGGUCUCUCAUUUCUUCAUUUAUUGUAAUCUUUAUUACUGUCGAAAUUACAGGAUAUUAUUUAUUUGAUAAUGUGCCCGCAAUUACAAGAUAAAGUAUUUAAUCUUGUUUGAUUUACUAAGCACCGUAAACAAAAACUGAUUGGCGUUUUGAUAAUCUUGAUAAAGACACAAUAUACCGAAAUAUGGAGAGUAUAAAUAAAAAUAUGUCUCAGUCCAUAUUUAUUAUAUUAAGCAUACCAAUAGCUUAUUAGAUGUAUUACAAAUUGGUCUGCUUAGUGUAAAAAAAACAUACAGACAAAUUGAAUACCUCCUUCUUUUGGGAAGUCAGUCAAAAAAGACUUAAGCAUAUUUAUU